AUGGAAGUCUCUGAGAAGUCCGACUUCGUCGGUAGCCCGGCUGCGCCAGGCAGUCUGGUAAUCGACUCGACCAGCGACUUCUCCGCCGACCAGAGGGACAUGCAGCGCAUGGGCAAGAAGCAGGAGUUCAAGCGCAACUUCAACUGGUUCAGCAGCAUUGCCUUCACCUCAUGCACGAUGGGCACGUGGGAGUUCGUGUUUAUCAACAACUUCCAGAGCCUUGUCGACGGUGGCAGGGCGGGCAUGUUUUGGAGCUACUGCUGGGUGAUCUUUGGCCAGUUCUUUGUUGUCCUGUCUCUGGCGGAGAUGUCGUCAAUGGCCCCGACCGCCGGCGGACAGUAUCAUUGGGUCUCUGAGUUCUCGCCCCAGUCCAUACAGAAGAUUUCAAGCUAUGCGUCAGGGUGGCUCAGUGCACUGUGCUGGCAGUCAUUCGUGGCUUCUGACUGCAUUUUCACCGCCCAGCUGCUGAUGGCGGCGGUGUCGAUCGGAAACCCAGGCUUCUCCCCUGAGCUGUGGCAGACGAGCCUUCUCGCGAUGCUUAUAGGGGUCAUGGUCACCUCGCUCAACAUCUGGUGCUCAAAGAGACUGCCUGUCAUUGAGAACUUCUUCGUCUUCCUCCACAUUGCCUGCUUCGUCAUCGUGAUGGUCAUUCUGGGUGUAACCAGCCAAAAGACUCCCGCCAAGCAGGUCUUUUUGGAGGUGACGGACAAUGGCGGCAAUUAUCCGACUCUUGGUCUGGCUGUCAUGGUCGGGCAGGUCUCUGCAAUGUGGAAUGUCUGCGCAUCUGACGCCGUAGCCCACAUAUCGGAGGAAGUAAAAGACGCCAGCAUCAUCGCCCCACGCGCCAUGUUCUGGUCCUUUGCCCUGAACGCCCCGAUCGCCUUCGCCAUUAUGCUGAUGUUUCUCUUCACGGUCCCCGACGUCACGGCCGCGACGACGGAAUACACGUUUCCCUUCCUGUCGAUCCUGGCCAGCAGCAGCCUGCCGCCCGCGGGAGCCCAGGCGAUCACGUCCCUGAUGGUGGUCCUCGUCUUCAUGAUCUCCGUGUCGACGUUCGCGUCGACGUCGCGGCAGUGCUUCGCGUUCGCGCGCGACCAGGGGUUCCCAGCGUCCGACUGGCUGCGCCGCGUCGACCCGGCGCUCAACGUUCCGCGUAACUCGUGCAUCUUCACCUUCGGCUUCACGAUCGUCAUGUGCCUCGUCUACCUUGGUAGCAGCGUCGCCUUCAACGCCAUCCUGUCCAUCGGCAUUGUGGCUCUCAUGGGCACCUACGGCCUGUCUACGGGGUGCGUCCUGUACCGCCGGCUGCGGUGGCCCGAGACGUUGCCGCCGGUGCGCUGGAGUCUGGGCCGCUGGGGUAUCUUGGUCAAUGGGAUUGACAAGGUCCCCAGCUCUGUCUGGCGCGCUCGAACAGGCCAAGUGCAACUCACCUCAAUUCACCACGGAACCACCAGAGCUAAGCAAACGGUACACAUCAUGUCUCAGUACAACACCGGACCUCAAUCUACCGCUAACGAUGCAGGCUGGGCCUCCUUCGACCCCAAGCUAGCACCCUUUCUCCCUACGAUGGACCAGUCAGGAGGCUGGACCUCGCCUGCUCACGCCGGAACAGGGCAAUCGACUGGAAGCACGGCGCCUUUGCCUCCCAUUCCUGAACCAGCGUCCUUGCAUGCCAAGGCUGGAUUCACUGGCCACAAGGCGUACCUCUGUACCUGCGGGAAGGCUUUCACCCGCGCCUCUGCUUUAAGACGCCACAUCGAAGAGUCUACUACACAGGCUCGCAAGCACAACUGCCCUCUCUGCGACCAUGAGUUCAAGAGAUCGGGUCACGUCGAACAACAUCUCCGUCUCGUUCAUAAAAAACCAAACGAUGUGAUCAAGGACCUUCUCACCGCUCAGGCAUCUAAGCCACUCGAGGAAGUCAAUCUUGCAACCACUUCCUCCGCCGCUGUUCCUGCGACGGGAUCCAUGAAUGCUCAUGCUGGCUAUCCCGUCCUCCUCUCAGGCGGACCUUGGACCGAGCCAACUGGCUUCCAUUCUACGGUCCUAGUCGAUGGUCCUGUGUCACAGCCUGGGUACUUCUCAGACUUGCUCUCGGGUUUCCCGGUUCCUGGCACUGGAUUUGCGGCAAAAACCCCUGCAUUGAUGUCCCAUGACUUCGUGGCGCAGGCAACUGGGUGCCAUGUCUAUCCGGCCGGUGCCGUGCCCGCGAGCCAGACCGGUUUCACCGGCGACUUUGCUCCGGAUCUUGCCAGCAAUUCGGCCGCACAACCGGAAGACGAUCUCGGUCUUUUCGACCCGAACCUGGCUUCAGUCAUGGCUUCAGUCACUGUGGACACAGCUGACGGCUUUGGAAUGCCAGCCCUGGAGAGUGAUUCCAUAGAGGGAAUCUACGAUGUCGACCUUGACAUUUUCGGUCUCUAG